CUUGAUGAUCAUUAAAACAGCUCGAGCAGCUUUGCUCCCAAGCUUAUAUUCUUCUUUUUCCCCCGCAGAUUCCUUCCCCCUGUGUAGAAGACGAUCUUCCGCAACAGCUUGUUCAUGAGUCCCUAGAAAAUCAUUCGUCAAUUGAGAAAACGCUCGUCAACUGAUUGUUCAUCACUGCCUAACGUGAUCUCCGAAUCGGGUUAGCCUCCCAAUUAGUCUCGACGUCACCGGCGGUUCUCCUGUUGCAACGUCCAAAUCCACUGCUCUCUUUUCAUUUGGUUCAAGGGGGAAACGAAGGCAGGAAAAGAGGUUCAACCAGAAAAAACAAAAAAAAAAAAACAAAAUUCCUUCCCCUCGUGCUCUCGUCGCCCUUCCGUCGCAUCCCGUUGCUUCCACCAGUACACGUCACUCCUGCGCAAAGCGAACCUUCAAAGAAACCACUUCGUCCAUUUUCAGACGAUUUUUCCCAAACAUUUUUUUUUUCGGAUUUCUCUAUAUCCUUUUAUCUCGCUCGCUUGCACCUAGCUUUCCAUACAAACCGUAGCUAUGCAUCGCACCUAUUCUAUGCGCCAAUCGCGCAUGCCCACCGCAUCUCAGAUUGAGAAUCCGCCUCCGCCGGUGUCCACGACCAAGACAAACCGAUGGAUUGGGAAAGGCGGCUUCGGCCAUGCCUUCCGCAAGAAUGCCGCCGGCGCAUUCGGACCCGAUCUUGCAAGAAAGCUCUCCCAGCUCGUGAAGAUGGAGAAGAAUGUCAUGCGUAGCAUGGAAAUGGUAGCCAAGGAGCGCAUGGAGACUGCCCAACAAUUGUCCAUCUGGGGUGAAAACUGUGAUGAGGAUGUGUCCGACGUCACGGACAAGAUCGGCGUGUUGCUCUAUGAAAUUGGAGAGCUGGAAGAUCUCUAUGUCGACCGUUAUGAUCAGUACCGUGUCACUAUUAAGAGCAUUCGCAACAUCGAGGCUUCCGUUCAGCCCAGCCGAGACCGCAAGCAGAAGAUCACCGAUGAGAUCGCCAAGCUCAAGUACAAGGACCCGAACUCUCCUCGGAUCGUUGUUCUCGAGCAAGAGCUCGUUCGCGCAGAAGCCGAGUCCCUCGUGGCCGAGGCUCAGCUUUCCAAUAUCACUCGCGAGAAGCUCAAGGCAGCUUUCCAGUACCAGUUUGAUGCACUCCGGGAACACUGCGAGAAGGUGGCCAUCAUCGCCGGCUACGGCAAGCACCUUCUGGAUCUCGUCGACGACACUCCAGUCACCCCCGGUGAAACUCGCGCCUCGUACGAUGGAUACGAUGCCAGCAAGGCUAUCAUCCAGGAUUGCGAAGCAGCACUCGCCAACUGGGUUACCUCCAAGGCCGCCGUCAAGUCCGACGUGUCACAGCGCACGCGCACCCUAUCUCAACGUCGCCGGGAGGCUAUCGGCAAGAACCGCGAUGGCGUCGACCUUUCUACUCAGGACCAACCCAUGACGGGCGAUCGGGACUCGUGGGUUGCUGCUGAUCAGCACCCAACCUAUGUUGAAGACGGUGAGGAAGUCGCCAGCACUGUGGACGGAGAGGCUCGGGGUCGCGAAGAAGAACGCGAGCCUGUUAGCGUCUAAUGGGGCUGAUUGCCACCAUGAACAUCAACGUCGGUAUAUGAUAUGUUGAUGGUUUUUGCCGAGUCCUCGUCUUU